GCGCCAAGCAUACUUCGCAACGUCUAUUCAAACUGUUCGUAUUGUACGUGGAAGAAUUCUAUCAUGACUGGUCGUGGAAAAGGAGGCAAGGGGUUGGGAAAGGGAGGAGCGAAGCGUCAUAGAAAGGUUCUUCGUGAUAAUAUCCAAGGUAUCACGAAGCCGGCGAUCCGCCGUCUGGCUCGUCGAGGUGGAGUUAAACGUAUAUCUGGCUUGAUUUAUGAAGAGACACGAGGUGUUCUGAAGGUGUUUUUGGAAAAUGUUAUCCGAGAUGCUGUAACUUACACCGAGCAUGCUAAAAGGAAGACUGUUACGGCAAUGGACGUUGUCUACGCCUUGAAACGCCAAGGAAGAACCCUCUACGGAUUUGGUGGUUAAAGCCCUUAGUUUACUCUUCUGUUCAACAAAAACGGCCCUUUUCAGGGCCACUAAAUUUUUCCUAUCGUAUGAACUCUCCGUUUCAAUUUUGUAAAAUUGUCUACUUUAAGAUUUUAAUACUCAUAAGAUUAAAAGAGGGAUAUUACAUCCAUAAACUCUGUCAAUUAUUGUAUUAGCAAUACGACACCUUACAAUGACAGAAUAAAGUUGUUAAAAACUAUCUUCGGUUGCUUAGAGGAAUUGUGCACUGUAUAAUACUGAAAUAGCGAAACUACUGUUAUCAAUUACUUAUCAAUAAAUGUUUAUAGUCUAAACAUA